AUGGAAGAAGAAAUCAAGUAUGAAAUCUUGAGAAUCAAGUUACGUAGAAUUCAAGAAUUGAAUAUCAAAGCCAAAAAGAGUUUGUUAAAAGAACGAAUUCCUACCAGUCAAUCAUCAUUGUCAAUUAUCAAUUAUUGUUUAGAGAAUAUCGAUUAUUUAAUUCCAGUUUUGUGGAAAAAUCCACAAAUGAAUAAUUACCAAAAGUAUCAGGUCUAUAAGAAUACUAGGAAAUUAAAGAUGAAAGAUCCUGGUUGUUGUACAAUUGUUUAA